AUGGAGCACGCCGACAAGGAGAUGGCCAUCCUAGCGGCGAAGGAGGCGGCGGAGGUUUUUGGAAAGGAGACGCCAGACGAGGAGAAGAGCAAGGCCUCGCGUCGGGAGUCGGACCAGGAGUUGGAGACGAACGACGGCCGGAAGGAUACAACGUGGAUGUUGUUUGCGGACACGCAGGAGCAUGGGAUCAUCCAGCUGCUGCAGCAGAAGGCGGCCCAAUGGCAGAAGCUUUAUCAGGAGAAGAAGGUUACCACGAGCCUUCGAGUGGUACUCCUGAUAGGGGUCUUUCAGGAGCUCAGUCAGCGACUGACGGCACUGAUGCAGGAUCAGGACAAGCUCACCAAGAUGCACACUGUCGGCUGGUUGGUCGAGGGCGAGAACGCCCUGAAUCCCAAGUGGGUCUACCAGCAAUG